GAAAUGGGAAUGGGUAUAAAUAGAGGGUUACUUGUAGAUCUCAACACAUUCCUACCAGAAUUCAAAACCACCUUCCAAAAUGUACAAGCUCCUCUGCCUGUUUGCUGUCCUGGCCCUAGCAGUUGCUGACUAUGGUUACGGUAGAUACGGCAGGCGCGGUGGAUACUACAGAGGUGGGCUCUCCCAUUACGGAGGUUACAGGGAUUUCGGAGGUUACGGCUAUGGAGGUUACGGACGCGGAUUUGGCGGCUUUGGCGGACGUGGCCUCUUUGGCGGACGAGGAUUCCGAUUCGGUGGAUUCGGUGGAUUUGGUGGACGUGGAGGAUACGGAUAUGGGGGACUUGGAAGUUACGGAUACGGGAGACGUGGAGGUUACGGAUACGGUGGAAAAAGUUACUAUUAAGCUUCCUGCUGGAUUUCGUACCAUUUUUGUUAAACCCUGCCUUCUUUGUAAAUAAAUGAGUUAUCAAAUA